AUAGACAGCAUCCCCCAUGUUUUUCAGAGCUCAUGCAGUUGCACUAGUCUAUAGCUAACAGUAUAGUAAAGAAACAAUGAUGAGCAUUACUAGUACAAGACUCUCUGUUGUGAUCUGUCUGAUCUUCUUCAUCCUUGUUAUUGCUGGGAUUACUGUGACCCAGGGAACAACAUCAGACUGCUUUGUUAAUAAUGUGGGCACAUUCAUGGAUGGGCAGGACUGUUCACCUUACGACAUCUUUGACUCAGGUCAAUCAAUCACGAAUGCCACUCUGUCAGACUUUUGUCCCAGCCAGUGUGCAAUAGCUGUGAACAUUUUCUUUGAAGCUGCUUGCAACUUGAGCUACAGUGAGAUUGUCUGCUCAAGAAAUGAGGACAACACUCGCUACUGUGUCGACUUUCAGUACAUUGAUGAGCAACUCACGACAGAAAUUCUUCAACCAAUGCGAGCUGCAUGUCUCGACUCCAACUGUAGCCAAUCAGAUGCUUGCAAUGCUUCUGUGCAAGCGCUACCUUGUUGCAUAAAUGAAGCAAAUCGAUUUUUGACUGAGAUUGAUGGACGACCUGCUCUACUCUCCAGUGACUGCACGGUAGUGAGCUCUGUGUGCAACAUACCGGACUACGCGGAUUUAAUAACUACGUACACCGAACCAGCACUAGUAACUCAAAUGAAUAUCGUAGGACCUACUAACUCUGCAGAUGUUACUGCUGUAGUACAUUUGACGGUUGUCCUGGCAUUACUUGUAUAUAGCUGUGCUACAGUAUGGAGUUAACCAACUACUAGAUACCAACCACAGUUCACUUGUUUUUUGACAUACAAAGCCAUGCAAAGCCGUGCAUUAAUAUUUUGCAUCGAGUA